GCCUUGGAUGAAGCAAGCCUGGGUCACAAUUUCUCCUGUCACCCGCGAGCCUUUUUGGCGGUGGAGCAAAAGACCGCCAUACCCUGGUGUUUAGAUAUUUGUAAUAAUUUAGUCUGGCCGCCUGCCCAGAAAGAAGAGAGACGCCACUCAAAAACCAUCAACAACAACAACCAACAAACAAUCGACAAAGCCUACUCAAAGCCUUCACCUUUGUUUUAUAUCUUAUUGAUUGGUUCUGUUUGAGGCAUCACAAUGGACCUUCUAGGAGGCUAUGACAGCUCCAAUUCGGAGGGCGACGAACCAAAACUGAAGCCUGAUGUCAAGGCGAUUGCUCGUCCAGCGGAUCGUCGCUUUUUGCAAGCGGCUCCUUCCGUGUCUGCCAUAACCGCUGGACGUGGUUUGAAUCAAGGCAGUACAGCGACUUCUCUGACAGUCUAUGGAGGUGGUGCUUCUAGUGGUACUACUGGUACCGGUAGUACUCAAAAGAGCAAUCAAGGAGCUUUGGUUCUCAUGAACAAUCCCACCAAAUCCAGUCUGUAUGCUCCUGUCUACGGUCCUCUCGUAGACCCCAACGCCUCCAACAAUAAGCAAGGACACGGCAACCAUGAAACCAACGUGGCUUUUGAAGAAGCCACCUUUCAAGAACAGCGCAACAAAUUUCAACGCACAGGAAGAGCCGCUGCUCCAGACGCUGAGGGAAGCGAGGUGGUCAGAACCACACUGGGAUACAGCAAACACCGUCUGCAAGAAUUCGCCAAGGUUGAUGAACAACGGAGAAAACGACAGAGACCCAGCAAUGACAAGAAGGAACCUCUCGUUCAUGGAUCAGACGAUGAAGUAGAACAUGGCAUUUGGGCUCCGCCUACCACGGAAGAACGAUGGGCCGCAGACAAUUCCCUCAGUGAUAUUGCCAGGGGAGGAGUUGAGUCGCUGGCACCCGAACAAUUGGCCGAACGAGAAUACCUCAAGGAAAGAGAUCGUCAGUUGGGAAAACAAGAAGAGGAAAAGGAGUCAGAAUCGGCUGUCGAUCGUCUCGUAGAACGAAAAAUGGCACAUUUGUUGCCUCCCAAGCUCGCUUCAGACGAUCAAAUCAUGGAAGCUACUACACAAUUCCAUGCCAAACAAGAAUUCGACUACAAGGGACAAUCAUGGAUGGCACCACCUGCGGGAUUGGCCAAUAUUGCCAACAGCGAAGAAGACCUCGACAUGGAUCAUCACAAAUGUUUUGUUCCCAAAAAGUGCGUUCACCGUUUCCAAGCGGGCAGCAAGGGUGUGCAUCGGAUUCGACUCUUUCCCAAGACGGGACAUUUGGUGCUCAGUGCGGGAUUGGAUGGCGUCUGCAAAGUUUGGUCCAUUCCACAAAAACAACUCAUGCGAUCCUACUCGGGACAUUCCGCUGCCGUCAGAGACGUACAGUUCAAUCACACUGGGUCCAGAUUCGUGUCGGCGUCCUUUGAUCGAUAUUUGCGAUUGUGGAAUACCGAAUCGGGAGAAGUUCUACAGACGUUGACCAAUCGAAAAGUUCCCUAUGUGGUCAAAUUCUUUCCGCUAGACGACAAUCUCUUUGUCGUGGGAUGCAGCGACAACAAAAUUGUCACUUACGAUUGUACCACGGGAGAAAUCACCCAAGAGUACAAUCAUCACUUGGCACCCGUUAAUGCCAUUGUCUUUUCUGAGGAUAAAGGCAUGAAAAUGAUUACCAGCAGUGAUGAUAAAAAGCUACUGGUUUGGGAAUGGGACACACCCGUGCCCAUCAAAUAUAUCAGCGAUCCUUCCAUGCAUUCCAUACCCUGCUUGACCAUGCAUCCCUCACAACAGUACUUUUGUGGACAAUCACUCGACAACCAUAUCGCUGUAUUUCAAGCGUCCAAUCGAUUUGCGCUACAACGAAAGAAAAAAUUCAGUGGACACCUUGUCGCAGGGUAUGCCUGCGAAAUGGACAUUAGUCCGGAUGGACAGUUUUUAGUCAGCGGCGAUGGUAAUGGAAAACUCUGUUUUUGGGAUUGGAAACGAACGAGAAUGAUGCAAAAGUAUCGAGCUCAUGACAAGGGCCCCGCCAUUUGCGUGGCAUGGCAUCCUCUGGACCCGUCAGUUGUAUUUUCGUGCGGAUGGGAUGGGGUCAUCAAAAUGUGGGAGUAAGCAAAGGGCCUAACUCGACACGAACACGAUCUACGCUACGGUACAAUCUGCGUGCUUUACUAAGUCUUUACAUGCCGUGAGCAAAUCGAGACAGCGGGGUGUUGUUGCUGCCCUUGCAAGUACCGGUAUGCUGAAGGCUAGUUGAAGAAGUAGCUCAUGCCACUUGAAGCUGACAUAAUAUAAUGCUUAUGUCAGUCUGCCGUACACAUGGUCUACUUGUUUUGCGGGCUAAGAGCUGCAAAAAACGAUUGAGCUGAAAGUCAUCCCAGCUUGCUUCGAAUAAGUAAUGGAACUUGAUAGUCAUUCCAAUUGAUCUAGAACUGGCCAGUUCCUCAGCGGAAGACGCGCUUGUUCAAUGCGAGUCGAGUCGAGUCGAGUGUUGAGCGCUAAUGUGUGGCUUAGUGGAACGCUUGGUGCCCCCAUUUUGCUUGGAAAAUGGAUGUAGCUUGCAGAGGAUUUGUAGCGGUAGGUAAGAAGGUUUCGUGUGACAAUGAAGGUGAGAGACAACAGUAAGGAACUGGUGCUGCCGGUGGAGGCUGGCGGUGGUGAAAGGAACCCCCCGUAGUGGGAGUGCCAAAAAAAGCUUUAGUCUGAGCUUGCUAUUAAUUAAUAGUUCCACUUUUCUGUACUGAGCGCUCCGGCAAUAACUGAACCCUUCGGCAAUAAGUUGUCAAGGGUACAGGUUGUACAGUAAUAUGAAGACUUUAAUUUUUACUGUAGCGAUCUAAAGGUUUGUCUUCUCUCGUGGUUACAAGGAGCAGCUUGCCCGUGCAUUUUGUACAUGAGUGGCCAUUGAUUGGGCUUUGACACCGUGUCAGUCAUUCAACAACAGCCAAGCCAUCGGGUUGCUUCUUCGUCUAUUCAAAGUAACACUCCUCUGCGUCGCCGGUUCCGUGCCAGAUGCAGCUGAAUGGAUCUCCUGCAGGCAAUUCCUCUUCAAUAGUUUGCGCUGUCUUUUCCAAGCAGCUCGAGACAAACUCUUUCAAAACAUCCACGUCUUCAUCCAACGACGGUGGCGCUUCCCAAUGAGUUUUUGAUCGCAAGUGUUCCAUGCCGCCCUCUCGAAGCAUCUUGAGAGCCAACUCGGGUGAAGGACGUCCAAAGAAAAUUUGGUUUUCCAGCGGCUGCAAAAAAGGAAGGUGACGGAAAGAAAGCAUCAGGCCACUGCCACAACACAAAUCAAACACC